AUGGAGACCGCAAACUCCGAAAUAAUGAUAGAGACGAUGAACAAUUUGAUUCCAACUGGUCUAGUAUCGACCGACCCAUCGGACACAGUAUCGGAUACACAGAUUACAAAGAUAUCCAGUCACCACAGGGACGAUUUACAUUGGAGCUCAGACGUACUCAGUAUACUGUUCUCUCUUACCAACUGGUUGAGAGGCAUCGAGGAGAAGCAUUUCGACGAGGAGGAGUACAAAGAGAAGGAGAAGGAGCUGUGGAAGGAGUGGGAAUGGGUUCUGUCGACGACCGAGGAGUUCAUUCUCAAGCAGAACCAACUCGAGAGCGAAAAGGUACUGGGUGAACUGAAUAAUCUAAAGAAGACUGCCUCCAACCUCAAGAUGAAGCCAACUUUUAUCCGCCGCGCCAACGACAUUUUGAAGCCACUCUCCGAUGAGCAACUUGAUGAGCUGAGGUCUCCUCUGGACUCCAACAAGAGGUCUGCCGUCAUCUCUACAGUGAUCAACACAAUGGAAUCACAAUGGCUCAAAUAUAUCAAGGAUAGAUUCUUCCACGAUGAGAUACUGGGUCUCAAUGGAUACGAGUCUGAGGAGUUGCCCGAGGAUGGUUGGAUAGAUAGUAGCGCAGUGCAUGAUGAGGAUUCCUUGUCAUCAUCACCAUCAUCGUCGACAUCAUCCUCUUCUUCAUCAUCCUCUUCCUCUUCUACAUCUUCAUUGCACGAGGCACUCAACUUUAGUGAUCGUCCAUCGGAAGACACCGAGAUCAAGCAUAGCCUGAGACUAGAGAAUACAUCAUUCGACGACAUCAUCAUUCUCAACAAGAACAUCAACCGAAUCACCUGGAGUCAAUUCUAUGAAACGUUCAAGGGUCAGAAAUAUUCAAAGGGCAUUACAUCGAGAAUGAAGGACAUUGGUUUCCAAGCUUCACAUGGAGUGGAUGGUACAUUGAACUCCAGAAUACUGGGCGACAUCACAUGGAGCAUUUGGAACACUUUGAACACGGCCUUGAAACAGAUCAGAGACCUGACCGUUGAGGAGUCGAACGAGUUGGUGGACAUUGUAAAUUUACUGCAACCUGUAUUAUUAGAACUCUGGUUGAACACCAAGAUCAACUCCAAAGUCGGUGCCAAGAACGAAGGAAUAGUUGUCGAGAAAUGGAAGAAGGAUGAGAUUAGUAGGAAGAAGAAGAUACUUGAGCUUAAAAGAGCAGGCAAGUUAGACAGGUACACAGGUGAGAAGACUAUUGUCAUGGCUCACGAGAGGAGGGAGAUAUCCUCAUUGCGAACAACACUGGAAAAGAAACUAAAGUUAAAGUCCAAG